AAGAAGAAAUGAAAAGAGAAAGACAAGGCAAAGGGGAAAGACAAAACAACGGGCAAAGACAAAACAACGGAGAAAGAGAAAACAGCGAGAAAAGACAAGGCAAAGGGGAAAGACAAAACAACGGAGAAAGACAAGACAACGGGGAAAGAGAAAACAAAAAAGAACAAAGCAAGAAAAUGGUGAAUAAAAAAAAACAAGAAAAGAAAUUAGAAAAAAAAGAAACAAAAGGGAAACGAAAAAAAACAAAAUGA